GCCAGUUUUGGAUAACCGGCACAUAGCCACAGCUCCUGAAUGCGGCGCGGUCAAAAGUCACGCAAAGGUUGCGGGGUCACUUCCAAAGAAAAGAUGAGGGGUGCUGCUUCUCAUCGCCUCUGAGCUGCGCCGGGACAAAGAUGGGACGCACUCCACUGAAAAUGUGGCGCUUUACGCCUUCCCACCUGACCGUGGCAUCUCUGAGCUUCGUGUGAAUGAGGGACGGUGGUAAAUUGACGACGUCUGGACAAGAAGGACGUAAACAACAUGUUUUGCCAGACAUGAUACGACACGCCCCGCGUUUGGUUUUCACGUUUUUCCUCCUUGCAUUCCAGGCGACAUUUAACAGAGUUGUGCACGAAAUGGGCAUGCUUACCAGUUAGCAUUGCAUAAAACAUUUGGAAUUAUGUUUUUAUAACUUAAGAUCAUAUUCUGACCAACAAGUACUACAGAUCUCGGCAACAAAACACCCAUGGCCUUAUUUAUGAAUGACACCUCUAUAAAUUCUGUCUGGGCACAUUUAACGCUGGAUUUCUCACCGGAAUGUGUAGCUCCGUGCGCACGGUUGGUGGGACAGCUUGCCACUACGGCCCCACGUCUUCUUUGAUGUUUUUACAAUGUUUGUCCAGUUGCUUAGAGCAUGGUGCUGCUUCGUAAGAGUUUCAGACACUGAACGACCAUGGGGGCGGUCAGAGGGGCUGCCCUUUCCACCUCCAUUCACACUCUGAAAGGCUGAUGUUGCGUCUGUCUCUCUCAUUGUGCACUUUUCGUUCGCUUAUUUCGCCGUUCGGUGAAUCGGCCUGAAUGAGAGUUUACCCGUUGUUGCAAGGGUUUUACUUUGAUCAGCAGUACGAGUGUUUCAUACACGCCCGUUACAUUUUAAACGUGCUACGAGGCUAUAUUUUCUUUGCGUUUUUGUUCAGUAGAUGUCCAGUGCAUGGGAAGUCGUCUUGAUUGUUCGGAUUGCUGGAACUCUCCUCUGCGCGCAGAAAAGUGAUUUUCGAAACCUCUGCGCACAAAACGGACGACAACCUUUGAAAAUCGACAUUACACUUAGGUUAUUCCGAAUUUGAAGACCUGACGGAGGAAUGGAUUUACUCAGUGGGCGACUCAUGCAAAAGAGCAAUAAUGAGUAAAAUCCCUCUACAACUUUUGCAGGAUAGAUGUAUAAAGGAUAAAAGUUGGCAUAAUGCACCCCGCUCAAAUAAAAUACUAUUAGGAUGGAAGCGUGCAUAUUUGUUUAUGCUUUUGCUUUGCGAAUUACUCGAACUUUCUUUGUGUGCAAGUGUGGCAACAUCCAAGGUUAAACACGAUGGAUUUUGUCCCAACAAGCUGAAUGCCAAUCUGUGGGUUGAUGCGCAAAGCACCUGCGAGAGGGAGUGCAACGUCGACGAGGACUGUGCUGAUUUUGAGAAAUGUUGCACCAACGUGUGUGGCCUCAACAGCUGUGUGGCUGCGCGUUUCUCUGAUGGCACCCCCGCCCAGCCAGACGGGGAGGGUAGAGAAAAAGGAGACGAUGCUCCCACCUCCAUCGCUACCUGUGAGGGCUUUAUAUGCAGCCAGCAGGGGGCAGUCUGUGACAUCUGGGACGGACAGCCCAUCUGCAAGUGCCAGGACCGGUGUGAGAAGGAGCCCAACUUCACUUGUGCUUCAGAUGGACUCACCUACUUCAACCGCUGCUACAUGGACGCAGAGGCCUGCAUCCGUGGGGUGACUUUAACUGUGAUCACCUGCCGCUUCUACCUGGCUGGACCCCACACCAGUCCACUGCCUCAGGACACUACAGUUAACCCCACCCCAACAUCCUCCCAUGAGGAUCCCAUGCCCCCCACAUUGUACUCCAACCCUCAUCACCAGUCCAUCUACGUUGGAGGCACAGUCAGCUUCCACUGUGAUGUUAUUGGACUCCCCAGACCCGAUGUAACAUGGGAGAAACAGAGUGAACGACGUGAACGCCUGAUCAUGAGGCCUGACCAGAUGUACGGCAAUGUGGUCAUCACCAACAUCGGUCAGCUUGUCAUUUACAACGCCCAAGUGUGGGAUACAGGGAUCUACACCUGCAUUGCGCGGAAUUCUGCAGGUGUUCUUCGUGCAGACUACCCGCUGUCUGUCAUCCGUCGGGCUGAUGAUGAUUUCUCUGAAGAUCCUGAGAUGCUCAUGGGGCGGCCAUUCUCACCAGCAGACUGCUUGGCUGAAGUAGAUCUGAGGGUGUGCAGUGGUGAGCGCCAUGUGGAUUGGUAUUAUGACAGCAAGCUGGGCUCAUGCAUGGCCUUCAGCAACGGUGGAUGUGACGACAGCCGCAAUCGAUUUGAGACUUAUGAGGAGUGCAAAGCCUCCUGUCAGAGAGAGGGGAUGGGCAUUUGCUCGCUGCCUGCUGUCCAGGGCCCCUGCAAAGCUUGGGAGCCGCGUUGGGCUUGGAAUUCCCUCAUGAAACAGUGCGAAGCCUUUGCCUAUGGUGGCUGCCAUGGGAAUGCCAACAGCUUCCGCACCAAGAAGGAGUGUGAGGCGAACUGUCCACAGCCCAAAAGGAGACCUUGUAAGACCUGCCGGGCAAAGGGGAAAAUGGUACCCAGCUUAUGCCGGAGUGACUUUGCUAUUGUGGGGCGGCUAACGGAGCUGGUGGAGGAUCUGGACUCUGGGCUAGCCCGCUUUAGCUUGGAAGAGGUCCUGAGAGAUGAAAAGAUGGGCUUGACCUUCUUUAAUACCAAACAUCUAGAGGUGACUAUUGCAAAGAUAGACUGGAGCUGUCCCUGUCCCAACAUCACCAUGGAGGAAAACCCUUUGCUGGUGAUGGGUGUAGUGCAGGAUGGCAUGGCCAUCAUCCAGUCCGACAGCUAUGUGAGAGCUAUAACUGAACGCAGACUCAAAAAGCUACGUGAUGUUCUGAAUAAAAAAACCUGCGAGGCAUCUUAGGAGUCCCAGGACUCAUAAGUCUUAGUAGCCCACAGAGGGUCUGUGGUCACCUUUACUUUUAGCACUCAAGAUAAGUAUCUGGACUGCAACAAGAAAAGCUGAUAUUUAAUACCAGCGCUUUAACUCAAAAGGCAAAGUACUGUCCUGUUAUAUUGUAUAAUGAAGUUAUGGAAGACCAUUUGUAUGUACAAUAUACAUUAAUUACAACAUCAGUUGUACUAGAUAUAUGCUCUUCUUAAGUAAGCUGAAAUAUAGUUAUUCUUUCUUUUGACAUGUCCUGCAUUUAUAUUUUGAAAAAUAAGAGAGUAGCCAGAAUAGCAGUCACACAGAUUGAUCAACUUGCAAGAAUGCUUACCUUGUGAUGUGGCUUGUGAUGCUAAUGAUAUAGAAACCUGCAGCAUAUUGACCUUUAUAUUGUGUUUGUUUCUUUUAUAUCAUUGUUAUCUUGUAUUGUAUUCUUUAUAUUAUUAUUAUUAUAUUUAGUUGUAUACAUAGGUGUUUUAUCUAGGUUUCCUUUUGUUGUUAUGUCUGAU